UUUAAGCCAUCUUGUAAUGCGGUAUUGGAAGAAAAUGACCCCAUCACAUCUACAGAGCGAACGACUGAAAGUUCAACUCUAACAACACUUAAACCAAAAGUUACAGGAGGUUAUGGUAAAACUACUAUUCCUGGAAUAAUUUCAACGAUUGAAAGUACAAGUCCUUCAUCUACAACUGUGGUCGAUGUUUCAAUAACAAGCCAGCCAAUUAAAAAAACGACGGAGAAACAUAAUACAGAUGAUGUUUUAGUGCCAAGUCCAACUAAACCAUCGGUUGAGGCAACCAGUUCUAAACCUACAACAAACCCAACUCAAUUAACGACUGAGGUCUCAAGCCCUGAACCUACAACGGAUGCAAAUGAUAUCCCUGUUACAGCCACAACUCAAUCGACUUUAACAACAACGCAAAGGUCCCAGUUUGAAUCAAGUUUUUGCAAAGAAAGACAUCUUAUAGGUCCACAUAGAUCCGAAAAUGAUUCAACGUGCAAAAUAUUCACUUUGUGCUAUCUUUUGGCUGGCCAAUAUUUGGAGCUGCAAUACGUUUGUUCUGGUUCCAGUUACUUUAAUCAACAAACGCAAAAUUGUCAAAAUGAAAAACCAGUGCAUUGUAAAUAA